GAUACUUAAUUGAUUUGAAUUAGAAACUAAGCAUCUAGUCUCGAAGCACUUGUCUCUGCAACGGUGAUAAUCUGUGUCAAGAAUUCCUAAAACUGUUGCGUGACAACUUUGAGAAGACAGAAUCUUCUAGGUUGUAGAGGAUAAAGAAGAAAAUAAGCCUAGAUUGUUUAAUUUCGAGGAGAUAUAAAUCAUAUACCAAAAAAGAAAAGUAACAAAGACGUCAAGACAAAAGAAAACGUGGCCUUUUUGUCCAGUUCGAUGCGAAUAAGAUAUGCUUAACAAUUAAAAAGAGCUGUUUAUUCGACUUCUUGUACAAGAAGAUCCAUUGACUGCUUUGCGAGAAUUGACAACAGAAGAAAAUUGCAGGUCAAGAUUGAAGUCGAAAGAAAGAUAUCCAUUGUGGAAUGAUAUAUUUCCCACAUAAAAGAAAGAACAAGAAUCUUGAACCAAACGUGCUCCAUUUGUAUACUUCAGAAAGAAAAUAUCAGCUAGCAGAAAACUGAAAAUAUUCUGAAAAUGCAGCGGAAGCCUUUUCUUUCUAUUGAUGACAUUUUAGAAUCCAACCCAGUACCAAGUCAAUAUUACACGUUGAAUACAGAACGACAAAAUGCAAACAGACGUAGAUUUUUCAAACAGCCAUACAGAAGUGAGAGCAACUGUAAACUAAGAAAUGUGACAUUUGUACCAUGCCAUUCAACAUGCUGCUGUGGCAAAAAUCCACAAAUAUACAGGCGAAAUCCAUUUCUGCACCAGCAAUACUUAAAUUUUGGCAACCUGGCGAGCCAGUUAUAUUUCCGAAGUCAUUUUAUCAAUCAGCCGAAAAAGCGAAUGCGGGCAUCGUUUUCACAUGACCAAGUUCUUGCCUUGCGGAAAGUCUUUGAAACGAAAAAAUACCUCGGCAACACGGAACGGACAGAGUUGGCAAAGCAGCUGAACAUGACGGAGCAACAAAUAAAGAUAUGGUUCCAAAACAGAAGAUACAAGGAGAAAAAACAGCAAAAACUUGACGAGUUGUUAGAAGACAGUGGCGCGAUGGAAGUGUUUGAGGAUGACAGAUUUGGAGAAGGAAAUUCAGCAAAAGGCUAUAACUUUGAUACUGAUAAUGAUGAUUAUCUAGAAAUUAUUGACUAAAAAUGAGCACUACGAAGUAAUAAAGCUUAUGGAUGUUGUAAAUAAAAUGAAGUAAGUUAGACGAUGCUAUUUGAAGUUGAAAAAUGAAUUUAACAGUGAAUAAGAAUAUGAUGAAUUUUAGAGCAAGACAGCAAUUUAACUGACUGAAUAUUAUCUUGAAGUGAAGAACGAUAGAAAAUUUGAAAUUGCCUUUAUGACUGGUUGGCAACUCCGCGAUUUUUUUGGGCUUGUACAACAGCAACUGCUGUUGAACUAGCCAUCAUGGUGGAUAAACGAGUUAGUAGAUGAAUAAAUACGCGAUACUUGACGCCAUUUUUAUAAUAUCAAGCAAACGAAAAACAAGAACACGAGGUAAGAUCAUAGGGUUACAAAGUCACAUGACCCAGUCCUCCUAACAACAACAAAAUUUUGUGACUAUAAUUAAAAACUAAAGUUUAAUACUUAACAACUGCAAGGAGUACGUGUGCUGACACAUGAGAUCAUCUGACAGCUUGGUCUAUUUACCACACUGUUUUACCAGUGACGUCAUAAUAUUUUAAAAUGGCCUUGAAAAAGUAUUUCAAUUUUGAUCAAAGUUUACUUUUUUCAAAUUGCUCAAAGAUAUUGUUGUAUUUUUGUCCCACUUUAUCAAAAUCUUUCAUUGACCGUGGGUAAAAAGGUAAGAUUCAGCAAGAUAGGAAUAAAUUUGAUGUUAAAAUUAGUAUUCAGAAAAGAUAACAGCUUGACAAACCUUCUAAGAGAAAAUUACAUGUAUGGAUUGUAAGAAAUGUGAGAAGUACUACAAAGCCAUACGUUCGUCAGUCUUUCUGUUGGUGUACUUCACUUCCUAGCAGCCAGAAACAGCCAGAAAGAACCUAGCAUCAGAUUCUUUCCGAAAGGAGGAAAUUCAUCCAUUUUUUAAAAAACAAAAACUAACUGAAACAAGAACCUAAAGAAAUUACAUUCUCAGAACUUGCAAGACUCGGAUUUAGGAAUUCCAACCGUCAUCAGAUUCUGUGCAAAACAUUUUUUCUAGGAAUAUCACUACCAAAGGACGUUCGUUUCACCUGUCAGGCCAAAGAUUAGAGAAACCUUUUGGCUGAUAAGGGCGUUAAUUCAAAACAGCAUGAAGCAGUGAUAUCAUGGCGGUGUCUCAGUUCAUCUGCGCUGUCAUUCAUUGCUCACCAUGGGAUACAAAAACUUGAAAAUAAUUAACAAUCAAUAAUUUGAAUUGAAUACUUUGAUACGCUUUCAAAAUAAACAUUACGAAACAUUUCAAAAUAAUUCUUCAUAAGAAAUUGUUUGUCUUAGAUUUCGAUUUGCAAUCUAAAUUUUAGUCUGGUUUUUUCAUGGUCAAGUUCCACAUAGACCUUCAAACUUUUUCUUCAAAAAAUCUUGCUCAUUGGACCUUUAAACAUAAUUUGCAUCUAGAAUCGGUUUUCCAAACAAAGCUAUUUACUUGAAGCUGUAAUUUGCAGAAUUCCAGUUUUACAUACAACUAAAUGCAUUAUCCCAUCCCAAGCAACUAACCUGAAUCUGUCCUAAAGACAAUGUUCGGGCUGGCAUGAUUUCAAGAAAGGAAACAGUGGCUAUAGCGAAAUCGCAACCUUCUCUGCCAUAAGAAAUAUAAGUCGCUCUUCUUUACGUUUUUCAACAAGCUAAAGGGAAAAGAAAACUUCAAUAUGGAUGCCUUUUCUAUGGUCGUCGCAAUAGAUCUUCUGUACAAGCCAUUCGCGCAAGAUACAGGCAUUCUGUCUGUGGUUUAAUCAGGUACAUUGAGCAACUCUUCUGGUUGGAGUUCUUUUACUGAUUCUAGGCCAAUAAAUCCCUGGCGAUCUGCUCUUUCGUGUGAAAGAAGCAUAAAUCACAUAUGGAAACCAACAGACGUGAAUCGGCACUGACUAAGUUGGUAUAGGAGACUGGCAUUUGGAAAGAACGCAGCUUCUUUCGAUACCAUUGAAGAAAUUUGAAGGCUGACCGAAAAUCUUUGAUAAAGCUCCAUUUCGAAUUUCCAAAGUUUUCUCAAAAUCCCAUGCAUGGUCAAAAGAACAAUUUCCCAAAAUAUCGUAAUCCUCGCAUCGUCCUCCCUUGUAAAAGCCCUUACCACCACAACAAA